AUAAUACAUAAGCGUUCUCGUCACGAUAAGAUAGACAGUUGCUACCUGCUUUAAUCGGAAUAUACGAGACAAAAGUGAUUGUCAUAUUCUCUUAGUUCCUGAAGAAAAUUUUCCAGUAUAAACGUCAAUAUGGCACACAGAACCGGUGCCACGAAAUUAAUUAAGCUUCGCGAGUUGAUGGAAUUGGUUCAGAUCGGAGGACUCAAAGGAAGAGGUAUUCAAGCUCUGAUUGUAACAUCGGACGAUGCUCAUCAGUCGGAAUACAUGAGAGAGCACGACAAGAGAAUUCGGUUCAUAAGCGGUUUCACCGGCUCGUUUGGCACCGCGAUCAUUACACAGAAUAAAGCUCUACUCUGGACAGAUGGGAGAUACUACGUGCAAGCUCUGGCAGAGUUUGACCCGCCAGAAGAGUGGACUUUAAUGAGGGAAGGUUUAUUGGACACUCCAACAAGGGCUGCAUGGUUGCUCUCUAAUUUGCCACCCAAAUCUACUAUCGGCGCAGAUUCCAAUCUGAUGAGCUACACAGAAUGGGUAGUCUUGCAUACUAGUCUCAGUGCUGCUGGUCACUGCUUGAUGCCUCUAGAGGAGAACUUGAUCGACAAAGUUUGGGGUGAGGAACAACCUCCUCCUACGACCAACACUGUUCUACCUCAACCGUUGCAAUUCUCUGGACGGAGUGCAGGGAAGAAGGUGGAAUUCUGUAGAGAAGCAAUGGUUAAGAACGAGGUGAAAGCAUUGGUGAUCACAAAUUUGGAUGAAGUAGCAUACAUCUUAAACUUGAGGGGCUCCGAUAUACCUUAUAAUCCAGUUUUCUUUGGAUACGUUAUUGUCACCCUAGAUGCCUUGCAUUUAUUUAUCGAUAAGAACAGACUUUCUGAAAAGGCCCAAGCACAGCUGAUCAGUGAAGAAGCAAACGUUGUCUAUCACCCGUACGAAGAUAUACAUACGUUCCUCAAAACAGUUGCGAGUUCGUGCGGAGAUGACGAGAAGAUAUGGAUAAGCAAUAGUUCUAGUUAUGCUUUACACGCUGACUGUGGAAAAACAAAGAAGCACACUAACAUUACACCGAUAAACGUUAUGAAAGCAGUAAAGAAUGACGUUGAAAUGGAAGGUAUGAAAGCGGCACACGUACGAGACGCGGUAGCGCUCGUAAAGUAUUUCGCUUGGCUGGAAGAUCAAAUUGUAAAUAAGAAGGGAACGAUCACGGAAAUAUCUGGAGCGACUCAACUUGAGAAAUUCAGGCAAGAGCAGAAAAAUUUCGUCGGGCUCAGCUUUCCGACGAUAUCUUCUGUUGGACCGCACGGUGCAAUUAUUCAUUAUCAACCAGCGCCAGAAACAGACGCGACGAUUACGGACAAAGAGAUUUAUCUUUGUGAUUCCGGCGCGCAAUAUCAAGACGGUACCACGGAUGUUACGAGAACGUUGCAUUUUGGUACCCCAACGGAUUUCGAACGCGAAUGCUUCACUAGGGUGUUCAAAGGACAGUGUCGCCUUUCCUCCGCCGUUUUCCCUCUGAUGCUACAAGGAAAUUAUCUCGACACGCUUGCACGGGAGAACUUGUGGAGCGUAGGUCUUAAUUAUCUUCAUGGUACGGGGCACGGAGUGGGUUCCUACUUGAACGUUCACGAAGGGCCUAUUGGUAUUUCUUGGAAACCUUAUCCUGAUGAUCCAGGCCUACAACCUGGCAUGUUUCUUUCAAAUGAGCCAGGUUAUUACGAGGACGAGAAGUUUGGUAUUAGAUUGGAAAACAUAGAAUUGGUGGUGAAAGCGGAUACACCUUACAAUCACAAAAACCGUGGUUUCCUUACUUUCGAAACUGUCACAUUGGUGCCUAUACAAACUAAACUAUUGGAUCUCUCCUUAUUAACAGAUAGUGAGGUUCAAUAUUUGAAUAACUAUCACGCGAAGUGUCUAAAUACUUUGAGACUUUUCUUACAAGGACCAGAAAAUGCGCAAGCACUCGAAUGGUUGGAGAGAGAAACUCGACCUAUUUCAAAGUAAUUUACAUAAAAUCGGGAUCUCCGAAGCCUGCAUAUCUCCUUUUUGCAAUAACGAAUAAAUUGUUACAUAAUUAUUA